CCGACGACGCGAGCCCGCGGUAGCCGCGUCUCGCGCGCACCAUGCUGCUGUGCCGGAUCGUCGGCUACCGCCCCAUGCUGUACGCCACCAACAAGGACGACCAGCGUCCGCGAGUCCCUCCAGGCGGGGCGCAGGGUCCCGGAGCCGCCACCGGCACGCCGUACUGGGGCCCGGUGGACAACAACGACCACGUCUUCUUCUCCUCUUACGGCAUGGCUCCGGGCGGCGCGCGGCAGCCCCUCUACUACCGUGUGGCCCACGACCCCCUCGACCCCCACUACACGCAGCAGGCGGAGAGAGGCUUCUCGCUGCUGCACCCCAGCAGGGUGCACCCCUUCGUGUACCCAUACCCCUACUACCCCUACGCCUAUCCCUUCCACCACCACCACCACGCCAACGGCAACCUGGACCUCCACGCGGCGCACGCCGAACACCUCAGCCAGACGUGGCCGCCGAGGGGCAACCACGAGACCGCCUUGCAACCAGCUGAACCUCUCCCCGUUCCUGAGACAAGGGACCCGGGAGUAUCGAAAUGGAAGUGA